CGUGAGCUUCUCGAACUUGCUCCGUAAGUUCCUACCCAUCGGGGUCCAUCCGGGAAUGGACCACUCGCUGACGAUGGAUGCUGCACAGUCGGAGCCGGUUUGAACAUGUUCGAGGUUACCACCUUGGGCCAGCCGCUCGAGGUCAUCAAGACUCAUAUGGCGGCUAACCGUGGCGACAACAUCGUAACGGCGGUCACGAAGACCUGGGGGCGUGGAGGACCCUUUGGGUUCUACCAGGGGUUGAUCCCGUGGGCCUGGAUUGAAGCUUCCACCAAGGGUGCUGUGCUCCUCUUCGUGGCCGCCGAGGCCGAAUACUACGCCCGUACUCUCGGCGCCGGAAACUUCACUGCGGGUAUCUCCGGAGGUGUCAUCGGAGGUGUUGCGCAGGCGUAUGCCACGAUGGGAUUCUGCACAUGCAUGAAGACGGUUGAAAUCACCCGCACCAAGCAGGCCAUGUCCGGCAUCAAGCCUCCUUCGACCUUCGUCGUUUUCGCCGAUAUCUACCGCAAGGAGGGUAUCGCCGGUAUCAACAAGGGAGUCAAUGCCGUCGCCAUCCGCCAGAUGACCAACUGGGGAAGCAGAUUCGGUCUUGCGCGCCUGGCAGAGCAGGGAAUUCGUGAUAUCACGGGCAAGGCGGAAGGAGAUAGGCUCAGUGCUAUGGAGAAGAUUUUGGCCUCCGCUAUCGGAGGAGGUCUCUCUGCGUGGAACCAGCCCAUCGAGGUCAUCCGUGUGGAGAUGCAGUCGAAGAAGCCCGACCCCAACAGGCCGAAGAACCUGACUGUCAUGAAGGCCGCCAAGUACAUUUACUCCUUCAACGGAAUCAAGGGUCUCUACCGUGGUGUCACCCCCAGGAUCGGACUCGGUGUCUGGCAGACGGUCUGCAUGGUCGGACUCGGUGACAUGGCCAAGGAAGCAGUCGCGGCGCUCACCGGCGAGGUACCUACCGGAAAGCACUAGAUGAUGAGUGUAGAGAAUAUUGUGUACGGUGUGGGGAUGAUGAGACGAGGAUAGAGAAAAAAAUUGUGAACUGGGUUGGCAUGGGGAUAUUUGCUUGCUUCGUUACGACCUGAUAGAUCCAUUCCAUUUGGUAUGAUACACACAUACGUACUUAUACCAGACAUAUGAUUUUGUAGUUACAGGGCUUUUAUACCAAUUCUAGUACGGAU